ACGACGACCAAGGCUGGGAGGAGUUUCCUAAACGGAGAGUGCAAUGGAGGCCGGGGCUUCCAAAGGGCCUUCUCGUCGCCCGACGACCCCUCAACAUAAAGCCGAACUGGAAGUGAGAUGGGUUCAGGGAUUCACCAACAGGAAUGUGGGCUUUGUUAACAACAGUACUAUCUGUUACCCUUGUGGAAAUUACAUCAUUUUCAUUAAUACUAUAACACGGGACCGGACUCUCUUGAGAUGCCACAGUGGAUGCAUAGGAGCCUUUGCAGUAAAUGCAAACCAGCAUGUAGUUGCAUUUUCAGACCGGCUGUUAAAUCCUGUCAUCUCCAUCUAUAACUUUCCAGGAUUAAAGAAAGUAGCUAAAUUGACAGGACCAGCCAGCUUGGACUACACCUUACUUGCUUUCAGUUAUGGAAGUCCUUACCUGGCUAGUUAUUCCUCACUUCCAGAAUUUUCUCUUUCAAUAUGGGACUGGCAGAAAAAAGUUCUCUUGUGCAGUCAGUCACAACCAGGAGUAGAAGUUACUGCAAUGAGUUUUAAUCCCAUGAGCUGGCACCAGUUGUGUUUGUAUAGUGGGACUUCUGUUACCCUUUGGAUUGUUGAAAGAAAUAACGAAGAGCACGUUCUGAAGUCAAAGCCAGUCAAGCUUCCAGCUGAAGAUGGCACUUUAAUAGAUGAACAAAACACCUUCUUCACCCAUCCCAGUGUCAGUGAUUCUUAUUUUGGCCCGUUGCUGCCCAAUUCGGCAAUUGCUGGUUUAGUAGGCGAUGAAGCAGAAACAUUUCGGCCCAAAGAUGAUAUUCAACCUUGUGUUCACCCUACUGCCCACUGCUGGACUCCAUCCUUUGACCUGUAUAUGGGCUGCGAAGAAGGAUUCUUCUUGAAAAUUGCUGCUGAUACAUUCAAAGCUGCUAUUAUCAACCCCAAACCUUCAACAGAUGAUAAAGUAAAAAAACGGACAACUUUUCGAUCACUCUCACAUGCUUCAAUUAAACCUCAAGGCACUGUAAAGAAGGAAGCUCAAAAUGUGGUCCUCCUCGCCAUGGCACUACAUAAAGAUGGGCUGUAUGCAGCUGGACAUGAUGGUUUUGUACGUUGUUACAGAAUAAAAGGCACAACAUUUGAUAUGGAAGACUGCCUGGAAAUGAAUGAGCCUAUUACAAAUCUUGUCUUCUCCCCUGAUUACGUUUAUCUAUUAGUAGAAACAGAAAAGGGAUCAAUCUGUGUCUUUAAUCCUAAUGAUAAUGAAGAUAUUAGUCUAUUAUUGGAUGCAAGUAUAAAUCACUUUGUAGCAGCUGAUUUUAUUGUUCCAGGAACAAAGCACUGUGUGUCUGCUGCAGAAUCAGGAGAGCUGCAUGUUUGGCAGGUGGAGGACGGUGCUUUUGUCAGCAAGCUGUGUCUACAUACUUUGGUGACUGCAAUGGCCUGUAGUCUUACCUCUCACAGUGUUGCAGUGGGAACUAAAAGUGGCCAUGUUUAUUUCAUAGAUGUUAGUGAAGUUGAAACUCCUAGGGUGGUUCACCGAGUUCUCCUUUCUGAGGUUCCUGUGCAGUUUUUGCACUAUGAACAAAGCGGUCAGUUUCUCAUAGCUUCUACGACAAAAGGACAUAUCUUUAUUUUAAAUGCUUUUCCCUCAAAAAAUUUUGAAAUCCUUGGAUGUGUAGCAUUGAACAAUGAGAUUAUUGACCUAACCUCAGUCUACAAUGCAGAGGAUACAACUGAAGUAAUUGCACUCCUUUGUCCACCAGAGACCAAAAGGGCAAGAAUUGAAAUAUUUAAUCUUCAGUCAAAAAUUGCUUUGGAAAAUGAAGAAUGUAUCACAGAAAGAGGGAUGUUGAAAGAUAACAUAAUUCAGAAACAUGCAUAUGGUUUAGAGUUCCCUCUAUCUUCUGCGGUCAAGAGGAGGGAUGACACAGUGUUAGCCUGUACUAGCCAAGUACCUUUCAUCCUUAGAUACAAUCUUACUACAAAGACAACAUGGAAAGAUCAGCCGGUCAUUUUUUCAGAGAAGAGGAUACUGAGCAAACAAUUUGGACAUACCUUCCUAUGUUUGUCAACUCAUGGAAAGUGGUUAGCUUCCGUUUCAGAGAGUGGGCAAGUUUUUAUCCAUGAUGCUUCGAGUUUGGACAUUUGGGCUCGUGAGUACUGCCAUUCAUAUCAUGGAAGAGGAAUCAGAUCCUUUGUAUUCUCACUAGGCAGCCAGUAUAUGCUUGCCAGUGGCUCACAAGAUGGAACACUUGUUUGUCUAAAAUGGAAGAAACUUGGGGAGCGCAAAAUAAAGGAUGCAAGUGACUUUGGAGCUAACCUUCUUAAUACAUAUAGCAGCUAUAUAUUCCGUGAAAACUUAAUUCUACGGAACAUGGCAGAGUGGACUACAGUAUCAAAAUCUUACCCCUUUGAGAGUUCUUCUUCUCAGAUGAGGUUCCACAGGACAUCAGGUAUUGACGUGACAGGUGAAGAUGAGUACUACCUUCUGACUCAAGCAAAAUCUGAUGAAGUUUCAUGGAUAGAUGAGAAAGCUCAGACGGCUGUCAAGAAUGAAACUACAAAGUUUGGUGAAAAGAGAAAGGAAGUGAAACGUGGAAUUAAAGGGCUCCGUAAAAAGAUUCAAGAAAUGAUGUAUGAAAAUUCAAUGUCACCUAAAAUUGAGAGGCUAGACCAACAAGAAUUCAACCUGGAUGUAGAAGAACAAGAGAAGCAACAAGUGCAUAGUGUCGCAGAAGUGACAAGGGUGAAGAAGGAUAUAGAAAUGGAAAGCCUAGCAAAUCGUUAUUUACGUGAAAUAAUUAAACAAGAGUGCUGGAAUGCAAUGUCUGUUAAAGGGCGCUCUGUUAAGACCUUUCAUUUAUCUUGUGAAGUUCAGAAUUACCCAAUGAGAGAAAGGACUCCAGAAGAGCAGCAAAUGUUGGAACGAAUUCAGUAUAUGAAGAAGAUUGAAGAAAUAGAUAUGAAGCUUCGAAAGAAGAUUGUUGAGUUUGAGUCUGAACCUUCAUUUCUUAUUAAAGAGGAAGGAGAGAAGAUAGAAGAAGAAGAAAAUGUUGAUACUCUGGUCGGGAGCCUGAGUUCAAGCUAUGGUGGAGAUACAUCUGUUUUAUACCCACAGAUGGACCUGCACACUCGAGAGGAGAAAAUCAGUCAGAUUAUAUUGCUACAGGACAUUAUUUACAAUGUGAAGAGUGCCUUUAAUUCAGACUUUAACUCAGUCAUCCGAAUGAAAGAAUUGGAAAUUGCUCGUGUGAAGGAGAGAAACAUGAGGAUCUCUGAGAUCUUGAACCAGCUGGAUAUUCAUGAGGAGAUAUGGGUGCCAACUCUUUCAGAUAAUGAGCAACCUGAUCGAGCAAUGUCAGUUCUGGAUUCAGAGAUCAAAGCAGAAAAGUAUUUGACCCCAGUGCAGAAAGCAAAAGAAAAAAUCAUGACUAAGGUUGAGCAUAAAAGACGUCUUGCUGCUCAGAGGGACAAUGCCCGGGAGCGUGCCCUUAUGGACAUGAUGAAUGGAGUCCUUGAAAUAAAAAAAGAAGAUAUUUUGAAGAUGGAAAUUCCAGCACCUGCCUUUAUAUCUAAAGACGAAGCACUCUGGAAUGAAGAUGAGAAAAAAAUAUAUAAAGAAUAUGAGAAGAAAGUUAAGGAAUUAAAUGAGGAAAGAGAGAAACAUCGAAAGAUUCUGGAAACAGAAUUGAGGAAACUUCAAGGCUCUAUUCAGGAAACAACACAGACAUUUGAUGAAAUUGUGAAUAGACUCUUUGACAAAAAAGUUAACUGUGAAAUGGUUAUAUAUCAGGAAGAACUAAAAAUUACAAAUCUUCUCUAUUCGCUGCUUUUGGACGAAGAGUUGAGCACUAGAGAAUCUGGGCUCUAUAAUUACCUUGAUAAAAAGAGAAAAGCAAAGCUCAUAUCUAAUGAAGCAGUCAAGGCAGCCAAAGCAGAAGUAGAAGCUUUCAGAGAGGCCUAUGACAUAUUAAUUGCUGAAGAUAGACUUAUGGAACGUGGCUUUAGAAAGGAAUUUUCAGAUCUUCAUACCCAUCAGAUUGAUCAACUAUUCAAACUUUACAAACGUCGGCCAAGGGCUUAUAAAGUAAAGGUUCACAUAGAUGCUGCUAACCCAUAUGGUGAUCGGCCAGGCUCUGCCAAAGCUUUCCAAGAUGCUCGUGCCCAUUUAAUGAGAGCUAUUGAUGAAAUGGAUGAACUUGAAAACAGACCUGAAAAUGUGGACCUUAUCGCCUGGGACCGUUUCUGUGGAGUUAGACGAGCCAAAGUAGAAAGUGAGCAGGCGAUAAAGCAAAAAGCACUGACACUAGCAGAGAUGCAAACGUUCCUUCAGAAACAAAUUGAAGAUGAUGAGAAUAUACGGAAAGAGAUUGACCAUGUUUUUGGUGAACUCAAUCUGCUUCGAGAGCAGAAGAUGAAAUAUCAAUUAGAUUUGAUGGUCCAGUUUCUCUUCAAACAAGGACAAGUGGAAUUAGAAACUCCCAGUUUAAUACCCGAGUACACAGAUGCUAUUCUUAUCAACAGGAGCAUUAUUGAAGAACUAAACAGUGUAAUCCGGGCUCAAGGAGAAAGAAAGGUUGCUAGCAUGGUGGAAAGUAAAGAUUUCCGUAAAGGAAUAUUUCAGCUGGAAUGGGAGCAUAAAAAAAUGCAGAUGCAGGUUGAAGAUCUAAACCAAAAGGCUCGAGAUAUUCAAAAAUUCAAUCUUACAAAAGAUCACCAAAUUUUCUUGACAGCAGCAAACUAUGAUAGCCGGAUGAAUCGUGAAGUCUCAAUAAUGGAGGGAACUCUUAAUUUUCUAGAUAAGGUUCACAAGAAAAAUGUGCAGCAACGAGCGCAAGUUAUCAAAGACCUGGAGAAGCACAUAAAUCUGAAAGACCAGGCAAACCAGAAGCUCAGCAAAGAAUUACAAGAAAUGCUGGUUACUGUGUCAGAAAGGCGACACAUUUAUGAAGCUACAGACUCAGAUAUGCUGAAAGAAAGGAUUGCUAAAGAGCGCUAUGAAGACAUUGUGCACCGGCAGCAGCUUGUGGAUCUUGCCAGGGCCCAGGCACAGGAGUUGUCCGCCCUUCAAAAUGAAGUGGAGAGGCUAAGAAUGAGAACAUUCCCUGCUUUCUUUGACGUACAAGAACUCUAGCAAGCAGAUGCUUUGAUGACAAGAAGAAAUAAACACACUUGUAGACUUACAAGAGACUGCAAGAAAGUGAGGUCUUUCUUCCCUUUUUUAAUAUCACUUCAUAUCUCACUGCACUACUGCAGCUUUAUAGAUGUUUUCUACUUCAUUUAGGUUCUCAUACGGCCUAAUUCCAAUUGCUGGUUCCAACUGAAGUAGAUCCACUGAAUCAAACUUAAAUGUUAACUUACUGAGUUCCCAUUCUAUGGAUCAACUGCAGUUGGUUUUAAACCUAUGUACGUUACAAUAAAAUAAAUUUAAAGAGUCA